AUGGUCUAUGGGAACCAAUCAAGGAUUAUAAUCAUCAUCGUUGUUGUAUCGGUUUUGGGAUUGGCCGCUCUCUUUGGUUCUUGCAUCUACUGCUACUUACAACGAAGAAAUGGAGGACUCAAAGAUAGAGAAGAAGAAAAUCAUGCACCACUGACUCAGAAUGGUUUCGAAUCUGUCAAUGAGAGUAUGCAAGGUGAUCAAACUCCAGAAGUACGGAUCAUUGACUUGGCUUCAAUACAAGCUGCUACGAAUGACUUCUCUGAUGAAAAUAAACUUGGAGAAGGAGGAUUUGGACCUGUAUAUAAGGGAAUGCUAUCUGAUGGAAAGGAAAUAGCAGUUAAAAGGCUUUCAAGGAGUUCAGGGCAAGGUCUCGAGGAAUUCAGGAAUGAAGUCACAUUGAUUGCUAAACUUCAACAUAGAAACCUUGUGAGCCUCUUGUAUUGGUGUGUUGAAAGUGGAGAGAAAUUGCUUAUCUAUGAAUACAUGCCUAACACCAGCCUUGAUGUCUUCAUCUUUGAUCCAAUCAAGCGUCGUCAAUUAGGCUGGGAAGGACUCGAUAAUAUCAUAGGUGGAAUUGUAAAGGGCCUUGUUUAUCUUCACGAAGACUCGAGACUCAGAAUCAUUCAUAGGGAUCUAAAAGCCAGUAAUGUGUUGUUGGACCAUGAGAUGAAAGCAAAGAUUUCCGACUUUGGCAUGGCUCGAUUUUUGGGUGGAGAUCAAAGUCAGGUCAAUACCAAUAGAGUUGUUGGAACACUUUAUAAUACUUCUAAUCCGUGCUUGAAUUUGGUCAUCACCAACAGUGGUUAUAUGGCGCCAGAGUAUGUAAGGGAAGGGUUAUUCUCUGUGAAAUCUGAUGUUUAUAGCUUUGGAGUUCUACUGUUAGAGAUCGUAAGCGGAAAAAAAAACAUCAGUCCACAUCUAGCUGAAGAUGCUCAGAGCCUCGCAUGGGAUUUGUGGCGCAACGGAAGAGCGACAGAGUUGAUUGAUCCUUUAUUAGCAGAUUGUCCCACCAAUAAAGUGUCCAGAUGGAUCCACAUCGGGUUGUUGUGUGUUCAACAAGAUGCGGCAGAUAGGCCCACCAUGUCUUCUGUCAUUGUCAUGCUUGGAAGCAAAUCUACAACAAUUCAGCAACCUAAACAGCCGGAAAUUUACUUUGGAGGGUUGUUGUUGAAUCAAAUAAAUUUUAAUGCAAGUGCUAGAGCCGGUUCUAACAAUGAUGUAACUAUUUCUGCUCUUGAACCCCGGUGA